AAUAAUCCCUUGUUGGUAUAUAAAAUAAACAAUAAAUAAAGAUUUUGGUUUUUUAACUGAAGAAUAAUUAUUAAACAAUGUCAACACCAGAAGAUCUUCAAUUCAGCAGAACAUGUCUGCUUUUAAAAUCUGAAAAUAAGUUUCAAAGGAAGCACGCUCUCGAGGAUAUUUUAAAGAAUACAUUUGAAUGGAAAUUGCCCAUAGAGCCCCCAAAACUUCUAAAAAUAUGGGAAACUGUGCACAAACCCGUAAUUAAAAUUUUAAAUGAUCAAUCAGAAGCUUGUAGAGAUACAGCACUUGAGAUCUUGAAAGAGUUUUUAUGUCUUUUACCUCCGAGAGACAAACAUAUAGUUUACAUCAUUCCUAUCUUAUCAAAGCGUUUGGGUUGUCAAGAAUUAAUCGAGCAAUCAGAAGAAGUUAGAUUAAAAUGCGUAGGACUUUUAAAAAUUAUCAUUCCCAUAUACAAAGAUCAUUUGCCAGCCUACUUCGAAGAUUUUUUAACGAUUUUGAGAAGGACUGUUACCGAUAAUUAUUCAAAUGUGAAGAAGGAAAGUUGUCAGUGUAUAUCAGAACUAGCUAAAGCUGUUCCUGGAUAUUUCUACUCUCGUUCGACGAGCUUCGCAAACCCAAUUUUAGGUAACUUUGCACAUCAACACUGGAAAGUAAGGGUCGCCUCUAUUAUAACGAUAGGCGAUGUUCUCUUGUAUGGAGAUAGCAAAUCGAUGCAAGAAGUCGCUACUCCUUUGGCAGAAAGACUUUUUGAUCAAAGUGCUGCAGUUAGAGCAGCUGUUGUAGAUGUAGCAGGACGAUGGCUCUUAGAAUUGAGAGAUAGGUACAGUUGGUGGCACAAGCUUCUCCCCUUAGCUAUGACUGGCCUUCACGAUGAAAUUCAGGAGACCAGAGAAAUGGCUGCAAAACUUUGGGAUAAAGCAGGUUUACAGUAUAUGGAGGAAAACGAAUCCGAUGAAAAGUUCAAAAAUAAAAUGGAUUUCUUGACAGAGCGUCCUGAGCAUUAUCCGCCAAACAUCAAUAGACCAAAUUUAGGAUGUCGCGUCAUAGUACAGCAAAAUUUGUGCAAAUUAAUUGGUGGAAUAGGAACAGAGCUUGGUGAUUGGUUGGCCGAUAUAAGAGUUCGCUCAGCCCAAUUGCUUUGUGUACUUGUUUUAAAUGCGGAAGAACACGUUACUCAAUAUAUCGAAAAGCUACUCCCGCCGAUGUGUCGAGCCUGUAAAGGUGAGGACAAAAGAGUCACAGAAAAUGUGCAACUAGCGGCAGAGUACAUAGGAUAUUUUGUUCCUCCAGAUGUUUACUGUCAGCUCGUUCUCCCAUCUCUUGAAGAGAAUCUUACCACUGGUCACUUGAAAGUUUUUGGCUCAAUUUUGAAAGGUAGCUCUAGAAAAACAUUAAGUCCACAACUAAAAAAAAUUGGAAACUUUCUGAAGCAAAAACAUAUUUGUCAGAGUAGAAAAACUACUUAUCAAAAACAAAUACUUUUUUGUUGCACGUCACUUCUUCAAGUGUGUAAGGAGGAUUGUGCCAUUAUCUCAGAAGAUGUAUUCCAAGCAAUAUUAACUGUUUUGUCUACAACAACGGAAGCUCUUAUUCAAAAAGAGGCGGAAGAAUUACUAAAAACACUAGUUGAAAUAGAAAAGUUAGAGAGUUUAAGCGAAUUAUUUUUCUGUCACAUUCAAGUAAUUUUAAUUGAUUUGAAAAAUGGCUGUGAAUCAUGGAACGUUUACUCACCAGAGUUUCACAUUUUCCGAGGGUGUAUCUUGCAUGCUAAAUCUGCUAUCACUCCUUACCUGCAUCUGGUUCUUCCAAUUUUAAUACAAACUAUGAAACAAACAGCAGAUACCGAAGUGAGACUGAAGCAAUUUAUUUUGCUUUCUGAAUAUUUUGAGUCCCAUCGAGAUGAAUCUUUAAAUUAUGGAUCUGAGAAAGAUUUUACUGACUUUAUCGAUUCGCUUCUUGAAAAAAUAGUAAUUCCUGGAUUGAUAUGGUCUGCUGGGCGAACGGCAGAAGCUAUACGAACAGCAUCUGUUUGUUGUCUGUGCACAUUACUGCGCAGAAUUUUGUAUGAUUUCAAUGUGAGGUUUGAAUUGAGAAGUGAAAACAAAAAGGAAGCAUUGACAAAUAAGCCUGUCAAAUUAUUUACAAUGAACCAACGCUUUUCAGAACUAUUUAAUCAAAUCAUAUCCAUUCUAGUCUCACUGAUGGAUGAUAAUUCUAAGAAAAUAAGACUCUAUUCUCUAGAGGCAGUUUCACUUGUGACGAACAUAGGCAAGUUAUUAAAUCUUACUACAGAUGCACAUAUUCAUCGAGUUUAUCCCGUCGUGUUAAAAAGAUUGGAUGAUGGUUGCAAUGAUGUACGGUGCACAGCUGUAGAUGCAAUUAAAGAGGUGUGGAAAGCUUUACCAGAAAACUACGAUCUGGAUUUCAGUAGAAGUCACGUGGAUGUCUUGUACACUACUGCUAUUAUCCAUUUGGAUGAUCCUGAAAGAAAAUUUCAAGAACUGAUGCUAGACGCUUUGAUGGAUCUCAGCCAAGUUCAUCCUAAAUUACUGAUUAAGAAGAUUGAAAGCUGCCGUGGAAAUUUCAGAAAUCAAGAAGGCUUAAGUAGCCUAUUGAAUUAUAUUCAUGAAUAUUUAAGUGGGAACCAAAAAGUGGAUAAAUUUGUAACAUGUUAAGCAAAUAAAAGGAGAGGGAGAGGAGGUACUUGCAAUUCUUGAGUUUGGCUCUCUUGAUUAUCUUGAAGACGAUGUUUCCCACUGUAUUUUGGCAGCUCCAAGGGAUUCCUACCCUGUAAUAACGGAUUUCAACUUCACUGUGCCAACUCGUUACACCACAUGACUUCCACACGAGUUUAUAAACGAUUCCAAGACGAGUAAGGACUGUCCUGCAGAUUGUUAACUCCACUUGUUAACAAUCUCUCAUUUAGACAAACAACUUUUUUUGAUUCAAGUCUCAAGUUUGGAGAGUAGUAACAUCCAAUUCCCGAACACUAUCACGCCUACCCCGAAA